AUGGAAUUAUCUCUGUUUGUACGCUUAUAUACUGCUCAUUUACGCGAUGCUAUCAGUGCUUAUUUAAAACAACAUCAGAAUACUUGGUGCAGCGAACAUUGUGACGUAUCACUUCUGCCAACAGAAUCAAUACGAAUCGUUCAAAAAGGUCUUCGUACAAAUGAAACAAAACAAAAAUAUACUCUCGAUGAUGAAUGGCGUAGCAACACGAUCCUACCUCAAACAGUUGAGUUUCUGAUUUAUUCAAUAAAUCAAAGUUUAUGCGAACAACUGAAAAAGUCCAUUACAACGAAAUGUCGAGUACCAAAUUUCGAAGUACAAUACAGUUUGCACGGGCAACGGUCCGUUGAAAAGCAUCUCGAAAUCACAACCUCUCAUAUAACCAGUACAGAGAUGUAUAAUAAUAUUCAGUCACAAUUGUUGUCUGGUAGUAAAACUGUUAAUGAAAUUGCUUUGACUGGUACUGACUUUAAAAACUUACUUACAGAAACAAUGGACCGCGUUACUAUAUCACUACGCGUUCAAGAGGGCUACGAAGGUCUAAGCGAUCCGGUAAAAAUUGAUAAAAUACUAGAAAGACAAUUAUCAAGUCGACAGCAUUAUUUAGAAGACAUUAAUGAUAAACUUUGGGAUAGUUUGUAUUGGACGAAAGAUUUAACACGUCCCGAUCGUCUAUCGAAAAUAUUGAAUAAAGUUGUACGUCAAGAUUCGUCAAACACAGACGAAUUUCAGUUUGAUGAACAUGUAGCAGAUGAAGAAACAAAAAGAAAAUUAAAAUUACAUGAUAAAGCGAAAUUCGAUCAUUUUCGAAGAGAAUUUUUGAAACGCUCUCAUGUACGCAAGAAUGAACAUGAACAACAACGAUCGAGUGAUUCCAGUGGUAAAUUUGGUUUUAUGGGUUUCAGUCUCGGAGGUGGAAGCAAAUCGAUUUCACGUUCAUCAGGUAAAUCAUCCGAUAACGAAAAGCUAGAAACGGACAAUGAAGAUCAUUUACAAACGAAUACGGAUAACUUAAAUGACGUGAAUAAUGAAAAUAAAAACAAAACAAUAAGUACACUUGAACGACAUGUUGUGCAAGAACUACUAGGAAAAGUAUCUGAUCAUAUUUUAUUAGAAGGUGAUAUGAUUAAACCAAAACCAAUAUCUGUUAAUUUAAUUAAGCUUGGUACCCUCAAAUCUGAUAGUAAGUUAUUCUCAAGUUCCGUUCUAAUUAAAGCACGAACGCAAGUACAUACUCUGCCUUUACGAUGUCCAUCGAAUAAUGCCCAAAUAUCAACAUCAGACCACAAUAACAACAACUGGUUAUCGGAAAAAGUUGCUAUUUUAACAACGACUGUUACUAACCUUACAAAUAUAAUUCAGAAAUUAAAAGAUGAGACAUCGCACAGAGAAGCAGUUAGUAAUUUAGAAGCAAAAUUUAAUAGAUUGGAAACUGAAGUUAAGAGGUUGAAAACAAACACAGAAAGCCAAUUGAGUACAUUUAGAUCAUCGAUGACUGAAAACGUAGCUGUGCCUAAAGGAACAAUUAUGUUAUGGGAUGGUGAUACGUCGACCGUGCCAGAUGACUGGGCAGUGUGUGAUGGAACAAAUGGUACACCAGAUUUAAGAAAUAGAUAUAUCAUAGGUUCAGGUAGUAACGCUGAAAACAAGCCCGGAACUACAGGCGGCUCAUCGGCCAUCACACCAUCAAUAUCUGUGCAUGACACAGUGUUAACAGAAGCACAAAUGCCUAAACACAAUCAUGGUGGUAUGACUGACUCCGAAACUAACAGACACAUCUAUUACGACCACGAUUCAGCACUACAUACAAUGGUGUCUACUACGACAAGAGGCUCUAGGUGGCUCAGUAUGACUGCAGUGGAUAGAUGUUCUCACUGUCAGCAUACACAUGCUAUCCAUCCAAAUGGUCAAAAUCAACCUCACACACAUGGAGCCUCAUCGUCUACGAUCAGCUUACAUCCACCGUUCCAUGCACUCUUAUAUAUUAUGAAACUCUGACGGAAGAUAUAGGAUUUGACAUAUACUAGAUUUAACUACUUAUUUUAUACUAUUCAAGAUUUGACACGAAUUAUGUGUCACUCAGAUAUUGUUGAUUUUUGUUUGACUUUUUAUAUUUCUACAAUAUUUUACUUGUUAUUCCCUUGACGUUAGUCAGAGUCAUACAAACAUAACUGCUUGUAUCGCCGUAUGAAGAAAUCAAAAACUUAUUACCUCUUGAGAGAAACAGUGCAGAUGGCUGAAACUUGGGGACUAUAGAUAAUCCAGCAUGGAGAAUCUAUUGAUAACACGGAAGAUCUCCAGAAGGUUUUGGGAAAAUAGUUGAUUUUCUGCCGAUUUUGGGGGUACUACUAAAAUACGCUAACAUCCACCAACACCCCCAAAUUAUGGACCUGUUCUUUGUGAAUAAAGUAACAUCAAACGAAAACAAAAAAAAUUGAUGUCUUCGAGGAUUCUUUACGGCUUUUUCGUUAGGAACACUCACUAACAUCCAAAAUAAUAUGCCAGAAUAAUCGCCAUCCUUUUCUGAGCCUAUUAGUUCACUUUUGAACCCAUAGGAAAUCUGAUGAGAGCAGUGGUGAUCGGACCACUCAGCUUUGGGGACGUGAUCCUCCUGUAUAAUCAAAAAUAAUUUUUUUAUCAAUAAAAGUGAUUUAUAAAGUACAGCAGAAGAACGGCCGUGAAAUUCUGAGUUGAAAGUCAGUGGAGUUGCCGACUAUACUAUAGCGAAGAUAUUGUUUAUACUGGAUCUUGUAGAGUGGGAAACGGGCUAUAAACUAGCGAUAUAAGAAUUAAAAGAAGAUGGUUGUUAUUUGAGAAAAAAAUAUUUUUUGAACAAAAUUUGAAAUUUUCAUUUUUCAUACGCUUCACUAAAAUUUCUAUAGAAGGUCAAAGAAAUACAGUAACCACUCCCAACCUUUGUCAAAAAUUGCCUGAUACUUGAUUCUAACUGGAAAAUACUCCGCUGAAUUACGAUUAUUUUUAGAUCUGGCUUAAAAUACGUGUAGGGAACGAACAGAAGCGAAAUUCAUAAAUCACCAAGGAUUAAAUUUUAGAUUUAGGUAUCUACUUUCAUUUGAGGCCUCUCGCAGCUAUCUGCACCUUCCAACAAAAAAGUUAUGACGCUUCUGCUAAGAGCCCCAUUUUACCCCUUGUUACGCAAUAACUCGGCGGCACUUCAACGUUUCGAUUUCAAAUGCUUAGCAUAAGCUCAUAGGACAGUAAGCAUUGGUCACUGGAAGCAUCAUCGAAAUCGAAUGUAAGAUAAAAAACGUUUUUUCCUGAUGGGGGGGGGCCUUAAUAAUCAUAUCAAACUUUGAUUUUGUCUCAUUUUAGAUGACUAAAAUAGUCUUCUUAAAUUCAUAUCUUCAUGUACAACAUUCAUUAAAAAAACCAAUGGUAUUCACCGUCCACUUCAACCAUAACUAAAACAAUCAUUUACUGUGACUCCUACACGCCAGAUUCCCAUGGUAUGAGUUUAUUCUUGUCAAUUCCAUGAACUAAAUACAUUUAUUUACAUAUGAUCCUAAUUUCUCCACUCAAUCACUACACAUACAUGGUCAUAAUUUGUCAAGUCCUUUUGCCAGGACGAAACGCGUCAUGGUAGCUUGUCUCACCCUCAAGACUCACCCACCCUUUUUAAAUAGAUUCUUGUAUUAUGAUACUUUAUUGAUGCUUAUUUACGUUAAAAUCGGAAUAUAUAAAAUAGUAACAACAGAAAAAAAAGUUAUGCGGACAAAUUUCCACCGUUGUCAAGUGUGACGUUAUAACCUAAAACGUUGUUUACAUAGUUAGGAUCUGUGUUAUUCGGACCAUUGUUCCAAUCAAGACCCUGGUUUUGUAGUAUUUGAGUAGCGCCUGGACCUGAAUUAUAAGCGCGAAGAGCCCAUUCCCAAUUUCCAUGAAACAUGAAAGUUUUUUCCAAUUUGGAGAUCCCUACAGUAUUUCGAAUUUUUCUGCGUGAAAACGUGCACUGGGCAGGCUAAGAGAAUGAUAUUCGUGAUUAGUGUGAAAUUCUCUAUCGAAUGAUGUAUAAGAAAAUCAAAAAUAGUAGUAUUCCACCUUUGAAUUACGUGCAUCUUAAAAAAAUUACACGGGCAUUUACAAGAGUCAAAUUUUUUUACUAACAGAUUUGAUGAUUAGCUAAUAGAACGUUAAUAAAUUUUAAUAAAAUUUAAAUUAGUUCACGCCACGUCUCUCCCUCUAGGCUGUGUUAUUUUCGCUUUUCUUCAAGUAAUUCGGCAAGUAAUUCGCUUGCGUCAUGAAGCCGGUGCUUAUCAUGUCUCAGAGACAAUCUGACUUAUAGUAACACAAAGUAUUAGGCUUUUAAUAUUAGAUGUGAAUUCGACAAUUAUACCAUUGGACUAUGAGACUUCUGUUUUUAGAUAUGAUUCAGACUGUUAACAGUCAGGCUGUGUUAUUUUCGCUUUUCUUGACGUUUUUAACUUUCUUUUAUAUAUUAUUCCACUGUUCAUUCUCCAUCUGUUACACUUUAUCACUUAAUGUAGCCUAUAUUAUGCAUAUGGCCUAAAAUGGUUCGCCGCUGGCCUUAUUAUUAACACAAUAAAGAUCUAAACAUAAACGUUUGAAGUAACAGAUUCUGAAUUAAACACAAUUUGUCGGUGGAAUAUCAUUAUGAGAAACUUACAUGUAUAUAAACGUUAUCCUAUACAAAGAUAAAAUACGAUUUUCGUUCAUAUCGAAAAGAUAUAAAACGGCUAUACUUAUUAAUUCUCAUGAACGCUACUUCUUUUAAUAUUAGCUCUGUCGAAAAAAUAUUCAAUAUUUUCGAAAUAUGAAAGUUUUUUCAGAUUUUGAGAUCCUUACAGUAUUUUGAAUUUUUCUGCGUGAAAAGGUGCACUGGGAAGACUAAGAGGGGGAUAUUCGUGAUCAACAAAAUAGUACUCCAUUUUCGAAUUAUGCGCAUCUUAAAAAAAUUACUCGGACAUUUACAAGAGUCCAAUUUUUUUUCCAAAUUAUUUCAGCAACCAACGAUCAGAAAGAGAUUGGAUUUUCACUAUCAGAUAGUUAUGUUUUAGUUCUAUUUGGUAUGAAUAUGAAAUUUGAAUUAUGUUGCCUUCUGGUUUCUGAAACCGACCAGUAUUUUAGAAAAAGAUUAAUGAAAGAUUUUUCUUUUCUUUCUAAAUCUAGAGUUGAUGUUUUUCUUGUCCAGUCCACUGCAUAGGAAAAAGUAUGAGAUUUAAUUUUUUAGUUUUAAGAAUCGAAAAACUGAAUUUUACUAAUUCAACAGAAAAUUAUAAGAUUUAAGGAAAAUUAUAAGAUUUAUUUAUAAGAAAAAAGAUAAAAAACGUUUUUUCCUGAUGGGGGGGGGGGGGGGGGUUAAAAAAAAAGAAAACAUUGGUUUUUGGGGAUUUUUUUAUGAAAAAAAUGGGGUGUUUAAAUAAUAAUGCC